AUGCAUGCCGCACUUCCGACUUCCGCCAUGACCGGCGCGUCCUUUACCGGCACACCCACCGUCCGUGGCAGCACUCUCACAACCCGCCUGCUCCUGCUGAAUCUAGCCAUCAUCGGCAUCCAAUUCACCUGGGGCGUCGAAAUGACCUACUGCACCCCCUACCUCCUCGCCCUCGGCCUCUCCAAAUCCCGCACUUCGCUCGUCUGGGUCGCCGGCCCGCUUUCGGGAUUGAUCAUGCAGCCUCUUGUUGGCGCGCUGGCAGACAAGAGCACAUCCAAAUACGGCCGACGGCGUCCUUUCAUGGUCAUCGGCAGCGUGAUCGUGGGCUUCUCACUCGUGCUGCUUGGAUGGACGAAGGAGCUAGGCGCGUUGAUGGGCUGGACCGCCAAUACGACCCUCGUGGUCGCCGUGGGCAGUAUCUACGCGAUCGACUUUGCGAUCAAUGCGGUCAUGUCUGCCAGUAGGAGUCUUGUCAUUGACUCACUGAGCGUUGGGCAACAGCAGCAGGGGAGUGCGUGGGCGGCGAGGAUGGGCGCUGCGGGUUCAGUAGUUGGAUACUUCAUCGGGAGUCUGGAUCUGAUCACCUGGUUCCCAGGCCUCUGGGCAGCGUUGGGAGUAAAGGACCAAUUUCAGUGCAUGAUCGUCGUCGCCCUGGUCGGCCUAUGGGGAUGCGUAGGCAUCACAAGCUGGGCUGUUGGAGAACGAGUGCUUCUCCGGCCGGCUGGUGGCGAGAAGGGCGAGUCAAGCAACAGCGCAUGGAGCGUCCUCCCAACCCUCUGGCGCCGCACAAUCCACCUCCCGCCCCGAAUCCGCGGCAUCUGCUGGGCGCAGUUCUGGGGCUGGAUCGGCUGGUUUCCGUUCCUGUUCUACAGCAGCACGUGGGUCGGGGAGACGUAUUAUCGCUACGACCACCCGCAGACAGCAAGCAGCACCACGAACACCCCGGACGAUGAGCACGACGCACUGGGCAACAUCGGCCGCCUUGGCAGUGUCGCGCUGGUGAUCUUCAGCAUCAUCACGUUCGCUAGCUCUGUCGUCCUGCCUUACCUCGUUGCUUCUCCGGAUGCGGAAGCCACCAACGAGAAGAAAUUUACGAAACGCCCGCCUCCGUCGCUGAGCGGACCGGUCAGGGAGAUCCUGAUGAAGCUGUCCUCUAUGCAGCCGGACCUUGUUACGACGUGGAUGAUUUCGAAUCUGGUGUUUGCUUUCAUCAUGGUGUGGGCGCCGUUCGUGCGCUCCUUGCAUUCAGCCACGCUUAUCGUGGCGCUGAGCGGCGUGCCGUGGGCGGUCAGUUGCUGGGCGCCGUUUGCGGAGAUUGGGCGGGAGAUCAAUAAGAUGGGCAGUGGUGGGGAGCAUGCUCUUAUACCGAGCUACACGGCUGUGGGGAGGGGGAGCAUGAAUGCGGCGGAGCUGGGUGAGUUGGAAGCAGACCAUCGCAGGGUCGCUUCGGAUGGAGGUGGGGUGUUGAGGCUGGUUCACGCACAUCCCGACGACCAUGACCACAACCACGAGGAGGAGGGUGCGGCAACGGGGGAGUUGAGUGGUGUCUACCUAGGUGUGCUCAACGUCUAUACGACUCUACCGCAAUUCGUGGGCACGUUCGUCAGCUGGAUCGUAUUUUCGAUCCUGGAGCCCUCAUCUGCAACGGCAACAGAUGCUGGCGACAGUUCGAGCAGCAGUCAGCGGAACAGCUGGGUGAAUGGCACCAACAAAACGGACAGUCCGAACGCGAUCAGCGUGUGUUUGUUCAUAGGGGCCGUGUGUGCUGUCGUUGCGGCGGAGGCGACGAGAAGAUUGAAGCGGAUUCGGUAG